AUGUCUUUCUCACGCUCUCGUGUUGUUCGGUCGUCUAGUCAGGGAGAGAUUGGGCUGUUCAACCAUACUCUGCCGAUCGAGUCUCCGGUGUCUUUCUCUGAGAAGAAAGGCCCUGCUCCCAUCACUACCUCAAAGACGGUUAAAGAGUAUUCUCAGCCUCCAGUAUCGGCAGAGAAGCAGCAGACUCGCCACUGUAUAUUCACGUUGGGAUCGCCUGAGAGGGAGAAUAACGAUGCACGGCCGAAGAACAAGAAGCCUGAUAAUGGGUUUGGAGAGUUUCUCAAAGCUUGUUUCUUGUGCAAGAAGAAACUCCUUCAGGACAAGGAUAUUUACUUGUAUGGUCACCUAGGUGCAUUUUGCUCACCUGAAUGCCGAGAAUAUCGGAUGGAUUUGGAUGGGUUUGAUCAAGAAAUUGCUAAAGAAACAUCAGCAAGGUUGGAAACAGCAUUAGGAGGAAAGUUCUACACCAAAGAAGUGCGGAAGCUGGGGUUUCGCUGUUAA